AUGUAUCGUGUGAAGGCGAUUGAGGUGGCAGAGGAAUACCAAAAGAACCCUGGAUUGACACCUGAUGACAUUGGAAAGCUACGUGAAUGGCUCACUACACAACCCCACCUCCCGUCGAAAUAUAUAACCGACUUGGAUCUAAUCCUAACGUACCACUGCUGCGAGAAUAGUGCCGAGGUGAGCAAGCAGGUGUUGGACUUGCAUUUCACGCUAAAGACCCUUUUCACCGCUUUCUUCAGCCAACGCGUCCUCGAUCAACGCCUGCGCACUGCACUCACAACUGCGCUGAUCCAGCCGUUGCCCACACCUUCCGUAAACGGCUACAGAGUCAUAUACUGCCGUUUGCUCGACACUGACUCUAAAAACUUCAUCUUUUCUGACAUCGUCAAGCUUUUCUUAAUGGUAUUCGAGCUGUGGCAGUACGAAGAAGGAACCUGGCCAGGUUUCGUAAUAAUGGUCGAUAUGGACCAGGCGACGUUGGCCCAUAUCGCCCAACUGGACGUCAUGAGCGUAAAGCAGGUGCUAUACUUCUUGCAGGAGAGUAUGCUUGUGAAACUAAAGGAGGUGCACUUCCUGAACGCAACAUCUUUGAUCGACAAACUGAUGAUGCUUAUCAAGCCCUUCAUGAAGAAGGAGCUGCUUGACAUCCUUCGUAUUCACCAGCGAGAUUCUGACACGCUAGACCCUUUCGUGUAUUCUCACUCUCUACCCAAAGAGGACGGGGGCGACUUUAAGAGUAGGAACAUACUUAAAGAAGAGCAGUUGAGACGAAUCGAGGCAAACCUGGAGUUUUUCGAGAAAGAAAGUAAGAAGCGAGUGGACGAGUCAGUUCGGCCGGGCAAGAAGACCACCAUCGAAGAUGUGUUCGGAAUACAAGGCAGCUUUAAGAAACUCGAUAUAGAUUGA